AAGCUCCCCAUCGAGCACAUGUACAAGGGGAUGGAGCCCCACCGCGCCACCCCCGAGUCCGCCCCCACCUACAGUGGGCGCGUGCACAUGAAGGACGGCUCCGUCCUCGACGCGGGGGCCUACCCGAACCAUGGCCAGGCGCUGCUGGCCGCCCACCACGCCGUGCGCAGCCUCGGCGGCCCCGCGGCGGUGGCGGCGGCGGGCGCGGCGGCGCAGGAGCACCGCAUGAGGUUCGGAUCUGACAGGGAGCGCGAGCAGGUGCGGGCUGAGGGCAGGGCAAACGGGACCAUGCAGGACGGCAGGGCUGGGACGGGGGCAGGGCUUGUGUUGACUCGGCAUGACUGA